GUGUGUUCAUGUUGCCCAGAGGCACAACAUAAAACCACGAGAAGUGAGAUGCAGAGUAAAUUUGCCCUUUCACGUCAGCAGCUGAUUAAAAAGUGAAAUACGGUUUCAUGAGCUCAGAUGGGUGCUGUUGUUUCAAGCUGCAAUGCGAGGCGGUCCUCUGCGCUGGGUGUUGUGGGACGUUAAAGACACCCUGCUGAAGGUGCGCGGGUCUGUGGGGGUCCAGUACUCUAAGGAGGCUGAAGGACUGGGCCUGAGCCUGCGUCCCGCUGAGGUCAACGCUGCUUUCCGGAAGACGCAUCGGCGCUACUCCAGCAGAUACCCAAACUACGGCGUCUCUCAGGGCCUGACUUCACGGGAUUGGUGGAUGGGAGUCGUUCGGGACACGCUGUCCGAGUGCCAGGUGAACGAUCCGGCGCUGCUGAACGCAGUGGCUGCGAAUGUCUUUAAAAACUUCUGCUACGCAGAAAACUGGGAGGUGUUUCCAGACUCUAAGCCGGCGCUUGAAAGGUGCUCCACUCUCGGACUGAAGCUGGGCGUCGUGUCUAAUUUUGACAAGCGCCUUGAAACCAUUUUACGCAACAGCGGGCUGCUGGAGCACUUCAGCUUCGUGCUAACGUCAGAGGAGGCCGGCGCGCCGAAGCCCAGUCCGGCCAUCUUUCAUCAGGCGCUCCAAAGAUGUGGCGCACCAGCUGGCAGCGUGGCUCACAUUGGGGACCACUACGUGUAUGAUUACCUUGCUUCCCGGGCCGUGGGCAUCCACGGCUUCCUGUUAGACAGAGACAACUCGCACACAGAGGGGGACGUCCCAGAGGAACACCGGGUUGUGUCAUUGGACGAUCUGCCGUCACGCCUUCAGGAAAAUAUAGUCUAAUGCAGGCAUGUCCAAAGUGCCGCCCAGGGCCAUUUGUGGCCUCCGCGCUGAGUUUCUUCGGCCCCUCCAACGGCAUUUCAGGAAAGAUUUGGCCCCCCCACCUGCACUGGUGGGUGAUGCAGGUGGAAUGGAAACUUUUUGCUUUUAAUGAGGAGAUAAUUGUAACACAUAGGGUAAACUCUUAUAAUUGAAAAAAUUAGGUACAACAUAAAGCAUUCAUCUUUGAAUAACCGCACCAUUUACAUUCUCUUUAAUUUCUCAGUAAACAGGACAUCUAUCCAUUGACUUUUACUCAAAUGCCAACCUUGGUGCAUUAAAAUCUGCUUUGAAUUCAUGUAUUACAAAUUGACUAAAUACAGCAAGUGUUUUCUAAGAAAUGCUGACUCAAAUCCUGUUUUUAUACUGCUAAAACAAUAAUAAUUAAAAAAAUAUAUUUUUGAUUGAGCCUAAAGUAAUUUGCAAACUGGAUGAGCAUCUUUUAAUGAGGCAAAUGAGCAAAACCCCUUUUUAACUUUGGAUCUAUAAUGAUUUACACUUCUCUUCCCUACUGAAAAUCUGACCAAUUUGUUUCAUUAAAAUGAUCAGAUUCUGUAGAGCAGGAAAAAGAAAAUCAAAUCAGAAAAUAAUAUAUAUUUUUAUUAUUACUAUUUUUUUGCCCUCAAGUACUUUGGACUUGACCCUUUCGGCUCACGUGUCAAAAAUUGUGCACACCCCUGAUCUAAUGACGCACAAAAAUAAAAUCUGUACAUCUGAGUCGAUUCGGUAAAGAGUAAAAAUCCUCCAUGUUGACCUCUGAACUCAGGAACUUCCUCUCUAAUGUGACGUUAAAUAGAUUCUCUGGCAGCAGAUGUAAAUGAAUGAGAUGUGCAUUAUAAACUAAACGUACAGUGUGUGUUCUCUGGUUGCACUGUCAAUAAAAAUAUUUUAGAUUAAUA